AUGCAGUACCAGCCGGAGGAAAAGGUGCUGUGCUUCCACGGGCCGCUCAUGUACCAGGCCAAGAUCCUGAUGGCCGAAGACUGGAAGGGCACAGAGAAUCAGCAUGGCGCCGUGGGGCCGCACUACUUUGUGCACUACCAGGGCUGGAAAAAGACGUGGGACGAGUGGGUGCCCGACGCGCGCCUGCUCAAGUACACGGACGAGAAUCUCGCGCGGCAAAAGGCCCUCGUCGAUGCGCACAAGGCCGAGGCGGCCGCAGCGGCGGCCGUCGCGGCGGCGCACGCAGAGAACGCCGCCUCGCGAUCCAAGACAGAUGCGCGCCACAAGGGCGGCAGCGCCGCUGGCCCAGGCACGGCGAGCGGCCGGCGUGGGUCGAAGCGGAGCCGCGACGCCUCCGAGGCGGACGACCACGAGCGCAAGCCUGAUUUGCGCCUCGUCCUGCCCGAGUCGCUCAAGUCGCAGCUCGUCGACGACUGGGAAAACAUCACGCGGAAAGAGCAGCUCGUCCCCCUCCCACGCACACCCAAUGUCAAGCAGAUUCUCCAAGAGUUCGCCGAGCGGCACCGCCCGUCCGACGCGCGAUCGUCCCACGUGCUCUCCGAGGUGCUUGCAGGCCUCCAGCUCUACUUUGACAAGAGUCUCGCCCAAAACCUGCUCUACCGCUUCGAGCGCGAGCAGUACGUGCAGAUGCGGAAGCUGCACGGACCCCAGCCUCGCGACGAGGAGCCCAAGCCCGCGCGGCGCGGACGCGCAGCGCAGCAGGAAGUGCCCGUGAACGCUGCUGGCCAGCUGGAUCUCGAGGCAAGCGACAUGUACGGGGCAGAGCACCUCCUGCGCCUAUUUGUGAAUCUACCGGACAUUGUAUCACAUACCAGCAUGGACCCCGCGUCUGUGUCCCUCCUGCGCGACCACGUCCACGCCUUCCUCGCGUUCCUCGCCCAGGAGCAAGCGCGCCUCUUUUGCCAGGCGUACCAGGAGCCCAGCCCCGCCUACCAUCGCCUCCAUAGUGUAUAA